GCACCCUACAAUACAGGGUUUAUUUUUAAAAUAUUUGUCAAAACAAAAGCAGCUUAGCAUUCUUCUGUUACGAACAAGACAACAAAUGAAUAACAAUUUUGUCUAGAUAACUCAGUAAAUGUGCUGGUUGUGUUUGCUUUAAAAAUUCCGGGAUUCUAUCGAAGCGACGAUAGCAUAAUUAGUUUCCCGCCAAACAAGCGGCGUCUAAAUAUAAUUAAUGAAAUUGCAAAAUGCCAAUUGCGGUUUUUAAAUCUGUACGUGAAGUAAGCAGUGAAGAUGCAGUGCACGUGGCGGAGAAUCUGCUAAAGGAAAAUGCCGGUAAAAAGUGGCGUACCAAAUCGCCGGGUGAAAAGUCCGCCUAUGUGAUCUUGGAAUUUGAGGAUCCGCAACAAAUAACGGGAAUCGAUAUUGGCAACGAGCAUUCCGCCUUUAUAGAAGUUCUAGUCAGCCGUACGGGCUGUCAGACGGAUGAUUUCCGGGAGCUCCUGCUGUCCAGUUCGUUUAUGACUCCAAUUGAAAGCAAGAAUUCUAAUAAUCAAAACCGAGUACGCUGUUUUAGUGGCUCUGCUUUGUCGGAAACUGUCCUGCCGGAAAAGUGGAAACUUCUUAAGAUUGUCUGCACACAGCCCUUCAAUCGACAUGUCCAGUAUGGUCUGUCCUUUGUCAAGGUUCAUGUGGUGGCAGCUCCGGCUAAUUCUACAGGUCCACCGAAAGUCAAAUCUCUUUUGCCCCAGGGAAUGAUGCAAUUCGGUGCAUUUAAGCUUCGCGAGGAAUCCCCAGAUUCGGAAACGGACAAUCAGGUCAACAGAUUUCAGCGCUGGAAAAAGGAGACACAGCAGCAAUCGCCUGCUUCUGUAUCUACUGCAGCUGCCAUUCGAGAUGCGGGAUCCACAGCCUUGAGAAGAUUGAGCAUUGGCAAGGUUUCCACCCUGGCUACAUCGAACUCUUCAACACCCAAGCUUUCCCCCAAACCCUCAUCUAAACCCUUACCUUCCCCAUCACCUGUUCCCAAUUCCCUGCGAUCAGAAUCUCCUGCUGCUGCAGAUGCCAAGCCUUUGGAUCGGAAUCGAGCUUCCCUAUUGUUUGGAGAUGAUGACGAGGACGAGGCUGCCGAUGAAGGUAAUGCUAAAAAACAACGGCUAAGCAAACAUCUGGAAGCAGACAAGGAUCGUAGGCGAUUGGAACAGGAAAAGGAGAGGGAAAGCAAGAAAAAUAAGUCCAGCAGGCAUUCCUUGGAUAAAUCUUCUAGCAAAGAAGAGAAAUCUAAAUCGAAAGACAACAAAUCCUCAUCAAAAGAACACAGGUCGUCAUCCAAUGAGCACAGGUCGUCAUCAAAAGAACACAAUUCCUCCACCAAAGAAGAGAAAAUAAAGUCAAGAGAUGAAAAAUCCUCAAAAAAAGAUGAGAGAUCCCAUUCGAAAGAGAAAUCUGCUAGAAAAGAAGACAAAUCAGCAUCAAAACAUGACACCUCUAAGCGUAUGGAUACCACGAAGGGAAAAGAUAGUCCACGUCCACCAGCACAAAAGCGUCACUCAUCUCCCACUGCAGUUGCUGCCACGCCCGCCAAAAAACAAAAGGUUAAAGAUGCACCAAUUCAAUAUCGUCCAUUUAACGAGUUGCUAAAGGGAGUGAUCCUGGUCAUCAGUGGCAUACAGAAUCCCGAUCGUGCAGAUUUGCGUUCGAAAGCCGUUGCAUUGGGAGCCAAGUAUAAAGCUGAUUGGGAGCCUGGCUGUACUCAUCUGAUAUGCGCCUUUAAACAUACUCCGAAAUACAAUCAAGUGAAGGGCAAGGGAAAGAUUGUGACGCGCAGUUGGAUUGAGAAAUGCUUUGAACUAAAGAAAUAUCUACCCUGGCGCCGAUACGCUUUAGAUACCAACGAUAUUGGUCAGCCGGAAAGUGAUGUGGAAGUGUGCGAUGAGGCAGUAAAGCCUAAUUCACGACGUGAGUCUAGCGAAGGGGAUGUGGAAAUGGUGGAGGACAUCAAGGUGAUCAAGUCUUAUGAUAUAGAUCAUAAAAAGAUUGAUAUAAAGGAAGAUGCCUCUUCCGGGAUUGAUACAGAAGAUGAACUGGAGCGGGUAAAUCAAGAAAACAACGUUAAGAAUACCAAAAACAAGACUCCGGUUAAGGCAAAGUCUCAAGAUGUCUACGAUAUUAGCACAGAUGAAGAGGAUUAUCUGGCGCUGAAAAAGAAGUGAAUAAUUAUUGUCGAUUAAUUGCCAUCUCAUACUUUUUUUUACCUCUAUUUGUUUAAAUCGUAGGUAAGUCAUUCUUAAACUUAUUAAGACCAUUUUUAUUUUGUUUUUAUGUAAAUGUUCCAUUUAAUUUUGUACAUUUGGCAAAUAUUGCCUUUAAAUAUUUUUUGUUUGCCUAAACAGAACCGAAAUUAAAAAAAAGAGUUUGUCAUAACAUUCUGAAGGGAUUAAGGUUUUUUUUGUCUUGAUUUCGUCUUGUUAUUAUGUCCAAGUUUUUUGAAGGAUAUAUGUGUACGCAACCGUUAUUAUACCAAUUAAAAAUAAUGAAAAUAAACGAGAUAUGGCAUUCUA